CCGAGACUCGAUCUGUGGCUACCGUAGAGGGCGAGCAUACGCAGGCGGGUGUUAUCUGUCGGGAAAUCGCGAACAAUCCGAGGGGAGUAUGAACGAGCAGAGGCGGAAGCCGCGACACGUCCUACAGAGAGCGAGGACCUUACGGAACAGUUAGAAUCCGAGAAGCCAGGGAUAUUGGAACGAUCCUGCUACCGUCGAACUCAGGUAGUUCGGCCUCACUUUCGAAGUACCUAUGGCAAGUACGCGAGAUAGUUCUGAAGCCUCGAAACUCAAAGCGCCUGCUCUGUCUGUUUGUUUCUCGUGGUAUGGCCGGGCGCUUGUACUUGUACCUGGCUGUCCGGCGUUGGUUUUCACUUGCUCCGUUGUCCGGGAGCACAGCAGGAAAGUGGAUAGGUUCUCGAGCGCAGAGUCGAAGAUAGCGGCCAGUCGACCAAAGCCCUUAAAGUUAGCUGGAGAGAUUCAGAGGCACUCGAUUACUGUCAAACUCGCUGUGUUAGCCAAUUUCGACCCGGUCACCUUCCCAUCACCCUUGAGGUCCCCGCAAUCACAAGCGCAUCGCAUAGCGCUGGUCAGCAAUUGCGGUCGCCUCGUGUAUGCGAUCACGGUGCCGUUCGCGACGUGCUCGGCGGUGCGAACGUGUAGCUCCGGGGCUCUCCUGGGGCCAUUGCUAAUGCGAUCAUGCCAAUGCAACAAGAAAGAUACGUUGGGAUGGUGCAGUGCUCAUAACGCACUUACUCAGUUCCUCGUCGCCACAAACUUCAACCUGCCCGGAGAAUAACGAGCUUGACGAAAACUUGAAAGACAGUGGUCGCUUGCACGCGUUGCGGUGGAGACUUGCGCGCG